GGACAGGACUCCCGUGGUUGGUCCUCCCUGCACCUGACUUUCCCUGGCCCCUCCCUGCACCGUCUGGCAGCAGAGCCGGCCCGACAUGUUGACUCCAGGCAGAGGGCAAAGGCCAGUUUCAGCUCCCUUUAGAAAGCGGGGCCGGGCUGGACGAGCUCGCCGAGUGUGGGGAGACCGCCCUGUCUGGCUGGCCUGGGUCCCUGGUGUGGUGGAGGCCACCGGUGUGCCCGAGGAGCACAGCGGGCGCUGAGACAGCCAUGGGGCUGCUGACCAGGGAUCUGCUGGGGCCGCUGGCCAUAGCCUUGGCCGUCUUCCUGCUCCUGCUGGACCUGAUGCAGAGACGCGGGUGCUGGGCUGCCCGCUACCCGCCGGGCCCCACGCCGCUGCCCCUGCUGGGCAACCUGCUGCAGAUGGACUUCCAGAACACACUCGGCUACUUUGACCAGCUGCGGCACCGCUUCGGGAACGUGUUCAGCCUGCAGCUGGCCUGGACGCCCGUGGUUGUGCUCAACGGCCUGGACGCCGUGCGCGAGGCACUCGUGUGCCACAGCGAGGACACAGCCGACCGUCCGCCAAUGCCCAUCUAUGAGCACCUGGGUUUCGGGCCGCACUCCCAAGGGGUGAUCCUGGCGCGCUACGGGCGCGAGUGGCGCGAGCAGCGGCGCUUCUCCUUGUCCAUGCUGCGCAACUUCGGCCUGGGCAAGAGGUCACUGGAGCAGUGGGUGGCCGAGGAGGCCUCGUGCCUCUGUGAAGCCUUCGCCGACCAUGCCGGACGCCCCUUCAGCCCCAGAGCCCUCGUGGAUAAAGCGGUGAGCAACGUGAUCUCUUCCCUCACCUUCGGGCGCCGCUUCGAGUACGACGACCCGCGCUUCCUCAAGCUGCUGGACCGACUGCAGGCGGGAGUGGAGGAGGACCAGGGCUUCCUGCACGAGUUCCUGAACUCCGUCCCCGUGCUCCUGCGCAUCCCUGGGCUGGCCAGCAAGGUCUUCUCGGCACAGAAGGCCCUCAUGGCCCUAACAGAUGAGCUAAUCCAGGAAUGCAGGAUGACCUGGGACCCGACCCAGCCACCCCGAGACCUGACUGACGCCUUCCUGAAUCAGAUAGAAAAGGCCAAGGGGAGCCCCGAGAGCAGCUUCAAUGAUGAGAACCUGCGCAUAGUGAUAUCUGACCUGUUCGCUGCUGGCAUGGUGUCCACCUCAACCACGCUGACCUGGGCCCUCCUGCUCAUGGUCCUGCACCCGGAUGUGCAGCGACGCGUCCAACAGGAGAUAGAUGAGGUGAUAGGGCGGGUGCAGCAACCAGAGAUGGGGAACCAGACCCGCAUGCCCUUCACCAUGGCCGUGGUCCAUGAGGUGCAGCGUUUUGGGGACAUCGUCCCACUGGGCUUGCCCCACAUGACGUCCCGGGACACUGAAGUGCAGGGCUUCCUCAUCCCCAAGGGGACAAGAAUUAUCGCCAACCUAUCAUCAGUGCUGAAGGACGAGAAGAUCUGGAAGAAGCCCUUCCGUUUCUACCCCGAGCACUUCCUGGAUGCCCAGGGCCGAUUCGUCAAGCAGGAGGCCUUCAUGCCCUUCUCCGCAGGCCGCCGUGUCUGCCUCGGGGAGCCCCUGGCCCGCAUGGAGCUCUUGCUCUUCUUCGCCUGGCUCCUGCAGCGCUUCGGCUUCUCGGUGCCUGCCGGGCAGCCGCCCAGCGACCACGGAGUCUGCUCCUUCCUGGUGGCCCCAGCCCCCUACCAGCUCUGUGCCGUGCCUCGCUAGACGGAGGAAGCACCCCCCCCGCUGGUUCCUCAGGGGGCCUCGUGGGCAAUAAACCAGUCGGGUGGCUCCA